CAGCUGCUGGACUAUUCCAAUCCCUGUCGGAGAGAAUACACGGGGACCGACAGUCCUUCUCUUCCUCCCCGUUUACCUCAUUGUGUUUAUUUUAUUACACCCUGCUUCUAUUUUACCUCUCUUUCACUCUUUUCCUAAGUGGAUAACUUGUCCUUCUCACUCCCUUGCUUUCUGCUACGUUUCACGGUUUUUAUAAGCUAUAUAGGUGUAUUUAUUUGUUUUUUAUUAGAAACGAUAUACAUUUAUAUCUUAGAUGUUCCUCAAAUGAGAAGACGCAAAUGAUGGAGUUGCAUAUUUUAGAACACAGCUUGAAAGUAGCGAGUAUAGCAAAAGAGGGCAUUCAGAUUUGCACUCACGGAUUAAUCAAACUCGCCUUCUUGCCCUCUAAAACAAGAUGCAAGUUUUUCAGUUUGACGGAAACUCCGGAGGAUUAUACCAUUAUCGUCGAUGAGGAGGGCUUCAAAGAACUGCCCGAGUCGGAGCACCUUAGUGUCGCCGAGGCCACGUGGUUGGCUCUCAACGUGGUGUCGGGGGGCGGGAGCGCCACCAACUCUCAACCAAUCGGAGUCACCAAAAUAGCCAAGUCUGUCAUUGCCCCCCUGGCAGACCACAACAUUUCUGUGUUUAUGCUGUCUACCUAUCAGACUGACUUUAUCUUGGUUCGAGAGCGGGACCUGCCCAUGGUCAUGCACACCCUGUCUUCUGAGUUCACCCUGCUGAGGGUGAUCAAUGGAGAGACCGUGGCCGCCAACAGCCUGGGAGUCACCAACGGCUUUGUCAAGCCUAAACUCGUGCCCCGUCCCAUCAUCCACCCUCUGUCCAGCCCCAGUAACAUGUUCUGUGUGACCAGCCUGGACCCAGACACACUGCCCUCAGUGGCCACCCUGCUCAUGGAUGUCAUGUUCUACUCAGGCGGCGUGAAGGAGCCCGGGGCGUCUAGCGAUGACUCUGGACACAUCCGUUUCUUCUCCUUCUCUCUGAUUGAGGGCUACAUCUCUCUGGUCAUGGACGAGCAGACCACAUCACGGUUUCCAAACAAUGUCCUCUUCACUAGUGCUUCAGGGGAGCUUUGGAAAAUGGUUCGCAUUGGAGGACAGCCUUUAGGAUUUGACGAGUGUGGUAUUGUGGCUCAAAUAUCGGAACCCCUGGCGACUGCUGACAUUCCAGCUUAUUACAUCAGUACCUUCAAGUUCGACCAUGCCCUGGUCCCAGAAGAAAACAUCCAGAGUGUGAUUGGAGCUUUGAGGACCAAUGAGAGCGCAGGACAGUGAAUGGGAGGUGGGAAGAGACAGUGGAACUAGCGAGCCCUGUGCCCUCACACCCACACGUUGAUUUAUCAUGUCAAAGUCAUUUUUUUUAAAGUGCCAAGAGCGUAUCAGUGGACUGCUGUGGGGGAUGGUUCUGGGAACAGGGUAAUGUAAAGCUUGGGUGGUGUAGAUGGGGUACAGGAGAGGGACGGUGUGUGUGUGUGUGUGUGUGUGUAGGGAUGCUUUUGUUCAGCGAUCAGCAACUUGCCCGUCCUAUUCUGAGACGUUGCCAACUAUGCAACCCUACCCACCACCUCACCCCCUUGACCAUCCACUCUUACCCGAAACAACAUCCACUUCUUUGGGGACCCAAAGCUAGAGUGACUGCGGUGGGGGGGUUUUCCCUCUCGCUCUCCUUUUACUUUCUCCUCUCCCUUCCCCUCACACCAUUUCACCAUGGCAACGCGGCCUACUAAGUUUGGGCCUAUCUCUUCGACACCAGCCCGGAAUGCUGCGACCCGGCCGUCACCUCCUUUUACUUUGGCACCCACGUGGCCCAUGACAGCCUAUACUGGUGCUUUAGUAUACCACACUUUCCUUCCUAACUUUGCAUUGUUUCUCGCAAGCUGCUCUUCCCAUAACAACCAUACUGUAUUAGUUACCAGUCCUCCCCAUAACAACCAUACUGUAUUAUUUACCAGUCCUCCCCAUAACAACCAUACUGUAUUAGUUACCAGUCCUCCCCAUAACAACCAUACUGUAUUAGUUACCAGUCCUCCCCAUAACAACCAUACUGUAUUAGUUACCAGUCCUCCCCAUAACAACCAUACUGUAUUAGUUACCAGUUCUUCCCUUAUGGAAAGAGAAUGUUCUCUACAAACAAUUAUCAAGAUUUCCAUUAUUCUUAUUAUUUAUUUUUCUCAGUGCCAAGACCAAUGCCUUGUCUAACGCUCAGUGUGUUUGCACUUGAAGGUGACAUUUCUGAGUUGUCGUUGGUAGUGACACGACAUAGUGUGGUUUUGUUUUUACAAGUUAUUGAAUAAGCUUUUAAUGUCAAGUCCUGAUGAAAUUCUCAUUAUGGAAACUCUUCUUAAAGUAAUCCAUUUCGGGGCUAGAGUUCUCAUUGAAAUGCCAUUUAGCUGAAGGCUAGUGAAUAGAUUGCAGGGACUGAGGCAAGAUGUAUGUCAAGGGUCCUAAACUCUGGUGACCUGGAAAGCAGAUCAGAUUUGUCAGAUGGGAAAAUUAAAGAUUCUGGUGUUGAGCAUAAAAUUACAUUUUACUGACAAUUCAGAGCCACUGUUAUGUAGAACAUAUCAUAUAAACAACAUUAUAGUGGGCUAUAUAUAAGCCAGUUUUCAUGUAGUAUCGGUCGUUUUGGGAGAAGUAGGUUAUCGUUUUGCAUCAAGUGCCACACCAUGCCUGCCACUAAACCAGCCCUUUACCACAAACUAGUAGAAUAAGGAUAAGUGGUGGGGGAAAUGUUGGUUGGGUUGUGGAUCAUUGAACCAGCCCUGCAACCCUGGUCAGUUUAGGCCUUCAGCUCCCCUCCCUCCUACCUCGCCCCCUGCCCCCCCUCACCCCAGUCUGCACUUUAAUAUAGGUCCAUCCUGCUGUACUGAUGUGAAAACGGGGAAGACUAUUUUACCCUUGAAGGAUUCUCUUGAGAAGGUGAGACUAUAUUGGUCUUAAUGCAUUGGUGUUUUUUUUUUUGUCCGCACCAAGAAAAAGCUUGCUUCAUCAGUUAGCUUUGAUUAGCAGAAACCAUGUAGCUAUUAAUCAGUGUUAAAAACAUAAAAGGGUGAUAUAAAAAAAUAUAUAAUAAUUGCUUUUGUUUUCAUGUUCUAGUGUGUUUGGUUUCUCAAGGCCUUUCAUCUGUACAGUUUUUUUUUUUUUGUCUGCAUUUCCAACAUUGGUCCACCAGACCCAUUGCAUAUUCAAAUUUCACCAUCUCACCAUUAUCCUAAUUUAGACUUAAUAUAAUGGAUUCUGAAAGGAACUUGCAGCUUUCACCAAUAAUGUGAUUUUUAUAUUCAAACCAUUGGUUGAUUUACAUUGUUUCAGUAUGUGAUGGGCUGGAAUGUAAACUCCUAUGCAUGUGGUCUUGGGGGACUGCUGUUGGAGCACUUGUAUUGCUAGAUGCUGUACUACACUCUCAAUUAUUGGCUUUUUAGUCCAGCAUUUUUUUGAUUCCUUGGCAGGGAUAGGUUUCCCACUUCAAUGCACCCAGUUUAUAAAGAAUCAAAAGUGAGAGAUUGAAGUGGUCAAACUGUGGGACAAAAUCAUUCCUAUUACUUACAAUGUACCUUGCUUUUCAAGAAUCAAUCAAUUUUAAGAAUGAAAUCAGCCAAGGCAGAUGUGAGUCUUAAAAGAACACUAUGUGAUGGAGACAAAUGCAACAGUGGAUUUUUACUUUGUCGCCCUAUAAACAGACAAGACGGGAUUCAAACAAACCACAAUGCGCCGACAUCGCACUGCACUUGAAAUCGGCGACGGCUUUAUCUAUCAUCUCCAUGCUGACGCAUUUGUUAGCUUUAGCUUCUAAGAUUUGUCUGCCAUUUUAAAAUGUUCUCGUUAAUCAUAAGGUGGGAGAAAAUAUUCGGUAGUCAUGAUCAACCGCACCCCUCACUACACUUGUCUUUUAAAGACAAUUUCCCUUAAAUCAAAUGCAGUGCGACCACUGCACGUUGCGGUUUGUUUGAAUCCUGGCCAAACACUUACAUUUUACCUCUUUGUUGAAGGCGUCUUGCAGUGCAAUAACAUUGUGGUCUGACAUUGGUAUUACAAAUAAAGCUUGUAUUCUAUA